GAGCACAGGGUAAGUUGAGACGCACACGAGUUGCUGCGAUCCGGAGCUCCGUUCUUUUCCUGGGUCUCUCCCGGGGCUAGGAGUGCAUCCGUGGGCUCUUCUGUUCUGCCCUUAAUUCUCGAUAUGAGAUGCUGCUGAAUCUGUGAGAAAUGCCACUGCCACUACCACCCCGACGCUCCAAACGUGAGACAAAGAAAUCUCAGACCAGCAAAAUUGUGCCCAGGGAUCAUGGCCCAUCUGAAAAGAGAGGGGAGAAUUCCCAAGCAAAGAGAUCUCCAUCUUCACCUCAGGGGCCACUGAAAAAGAGAUCAGCUUUUGAAGAUCUCACCAACGCUUCUCAAAGUCAACCUGCCCCGACCAAGAAGGAGGCCAAUAAUGAGUUCGUUAAAGAUGUUUCCAAGAAGAUAAACAGGAACACACCUGCCCGUGGAAACAAUGAGAUGAAUAUUAAAAGGUAUAAGGUGGAACCUUCACCAGCAGUAGUCUCAACCACCAUGGUACCAAAUGUAGAUAAAUCACUCAUUCUGGAGAUAUCUACCAGCUCCAAAACACCCACCAGUGACGAGGCAUUUCUUUUCAAAAAGCCAUCUAUUUUAAAAGAGGAACCCACUACUGAGGAUACAGCCCUCAUCAAGAGGUCAUUAUCUUUAAAGAAAUGUGCAAAUCAAGGAGAGGGAUCCUUCUUGGAGAAGCCUCUAUCCUUGCAGGAAGAGACUGACAGUGAUGUUGUAGAGCCAGUGACUUUUUGGAAGAAGCCUAAAACUGAGGAGGAAACCCCUACCCAGAAGCUGUUAUCUUUAAAGAAAAAGUGUGCCACUCAGAGGAAGUUGUCCUGUUUGAAGAAUCCACUAGUAUUACAGAAGACAACCUCUGAAGAGAAGUCACUCAUUAAAGAGCUAUUGCCUUUUAAGGGAAAGCCUACCACUGAAAAGGAAUGCCAUGUCCUGGAGCCACCUGCAUUGCAAGAGAAGCACACCACUGAGCCACAGGUAUCCAUUUUGAAGAAAUCACUGGCCUUGCAGGAGAAGAUCAGCAUUGAAGAGGAUUCCCUCUUUAAGGAGCCACUGGCUUUUAAGAAGCAACCUACCACUGAGGAGACAACCCUCACCAUGAGAUCAUUAUCUUUAAAGAAAAAGUGUACUUCUCAGGGGAAGAUGACCCACUUGAAGAAGCCAUUAGAACUGCAGAAGACCACCUCAGGAGAGAAGACACUAAUUAAGGAGUCCUUGUCCUUUAAAAAGAGGCCAACCAAUAAGGAUGAGUCCCACUUCCAGGAGCAAUCUGUGUUGCAAGAUGGGGAAGUUACCUUCUUUAAGAAGCCAUGGGCAUUUCAGAAGAAAAAAGAUGGCAAAGAUGAAUUUCUUAUGGAGACCAUUUCCCUUAGGAAGAAGCAUACUACUACGGAGGCAGCCCUCUCCAAGAAGACAUUACCUUUAAAGAAGAAGCGUACCACUCAGAGGAAGAUGUACCACUUGAAGAAGCCACUACCAUUGCAGAAGAUCACCUCUGAAGAGAAAUCACUCAUUAAAGGGCCAUUGUCCUUUAAGCAGAAGCCUACCACCAAGGAGUCCCUUUUUCAAGAGCCCUCUGCAUUGCAGGAGAAUCACACUACUCAGGAGGAGGUAUCCAUCUUGAAGAAGCCCUUGAUCUUGCAAAAGACUCCAGCUGAGGAGGAGUCACCUUUAAAGGAGCCUCUGGCUUUUGAGAAGAAAGGGGCAACCUCCACCAAGAAGCUGUUACCUUUUAAGAAGAAGUGUACCACUCAGGGUAAGGUGUCCUGCUUGACCAAGUCACUAGGAUUGCAGACUACUUCUGGAGAGAAGUCACUCAUUAAGGAGUCAUUAUCCUUUAAAAAGAAACCCACCACUGAGGAGGAGUCCCUCUUCAAGGAGCCAUCUGCACUGCAAGAGAAGCACACCACUCAGGGGGAUGUAGCCCUGGUGAAGAAGCCAUUGGAAUUCCAAGAGGAUAUUUACAAUAAAGAUGGACUUCAUAUGGAGCCAGUAUCCUUUGGGAAGAAACAUACCACAAAAGUGGCAGUCUCUACCAAGGAGCCAUUAUCUUUAAAGAAGAAGACAUGCACCACUCAAAUGGUCAUGUCCAUCUGCCAAGAACUGUCAGACUUGCAGAAUAUGAUUGGCAAGGGUAAAGAUUCCUGCAUUACAGAGCCAGUGUCAUUUAGGAAGAAGUCUUCAACUGAUGAGGCAGUUCUUACCACAGCACCAUUAUCUUUAAAAACGAGGCGAAUCAGUCAGGGGAAGACACCCCUCUUGAAGACGCCAUUGAUCAUAGAGAAGACCACCUCCGAAGAGGAGUCACUCUUUAAGAAGCUAUUGCCCUUUAAAAAAAAGGCUACACCUGAAGAGGAGUUCCUCUUCCAGGAUCCGUCUGUCUUGAAAGAGAAGCCCACCACUCUGCAAGAGGUGUCCCUCUCAAAGAAGCCAUUGGCCUUGCAGGAGAAUAUCAUCACUGAAGAAGAAUCAUAUAUUAAGGAACCAGUGACCUUGGACGAGAAGCCUACUGCCGAGGAGGAAUUCCCUUUUCAGGAGCCAUUGUCAUGGCAUGUUAAACCUACCCACAAAGAUGCAUCCCUCUUCUGUAAGUCUUUGGCCUUGCAAAAGACUGAUGCUGAAGAGGAUUCCUUGAAGAUGUUGGCUUUCCAGGAGAAUAGCACCACUGAAGAGGAAUUCCUUUUCAAGAAACCAUUAGUUCUGGAUGAAGAACUCUCUGCUGAGGCAGCAACGACCGUAGUGGGGCAAUUAUCUUUAAAGAAGAAGCCCACUGCUCAGGGGGAGGUGUUCCUCUUGAAAGAACAGUUGGCCUUGCAAAAGAACAUGAUCAGUGAGGAGGAGGAGUCCCUUAUGAAGCAGCUGCAGGCCUUGCAGGAGAAGCCCAGCACUGAAAAAGAGACCAUCCUGAGGGAGUCCUUGGCCACACGGGAGAAUCCCAGGAGUGAAAAGGAGACCCCCAUCAAGGAGCCCUGGGCUUUGCAGGAGAAUCUCCCAAUGGAGGAGAAGCCUAUGUUGAAGGAGCCCUUGGCCUUGCAGGAAAAGCCCAGCAGUGAGAAGGACUUGCCCUGCAAGGAGUCAGGGACCUUGCCAGAGAAUCUCACUCACAAGGAAGAUACCUUUCUUAAAGAUUUCUUGGUCCUCCAAGUUGAAAGCAGCCCACAUGUGUCCACCACCACUGCUCCUAAAUCUAGAACAGGCAUGUGCAGCACUGUUGUCAUGUCCAGUGUGGGCAAAUUCAGUGCCACAAGCAAGUCCAGUGCUUGUGAAUCCAGUUCCAAUAAACCUUCCUCAUCUCGGGGCAAGAGAUCACAGGAGGAGCAGUUGACCCUACUGGAGGAUAUUGACAAGGACCACAGUGAUCCAUUUUUCAACUCAAUAUAUGCCAAGGAUAUCUUCAGUUACAUGAAGGAGAGAGAGGAAAAGUUUAUACUUAAAAAAUACAUGGCCAGGCAGACUGAUAUCAACAGUGACAUGAGGGCCAUUCUCGUGGAUUGGUUGGUGGAGGUGCAGAUGACCUUUGAGAUGAGUCACGAGACCCUGUACUUGGCAGUAAAGCUGGUAGAUCAUUACCUUAUGGAGGUAAUAUGCAAGAGAGACAAGCUACAGCUCCUUGGUUCCACUGCUUUUCUGAUUGCAGCAAAAUUUGAGGAGCCCUGCCCACCUUGUGUGGAUGACUUCCUGUACAUCUGCGAUGAUAUUUACAAGCGCGAUGAGAUGCUUGCCAUGGAAAUCCGAAUCCUGCAUACCCUAGAAUUUGACAUCAACAUUCCUAUUGCCUAUCAUUUUCUGCGCAGAUAUGCUAGGUGUGUUCGUGCCAGCAUGGAGACACUGACCUUGUCCCGCUUCAUCUGUGAGAUGACCCUGCAGGAAUACGACUACAUCCAGGAGAGGGCUUCCAAGCUGGCUGCUGGCUCCUUCCUCCUGGCGCUUUACAUGAAGAACCUGGGACACUGGGCUCCUACCCUGGAGUAUUACACUGGCUACAAGACCUCUGAUCUUUACCCCUUGGUCAAGCAGCUGAACAUCCUGCUGACUUUGCGUUCUUGCAAUAGGCUCAAGACUGUGCAGUCCAAGUACUCCCACCAGGUCUUCUUUGAAGUCGCCAAAAUCCCCCCCUUGGACAUGUUGAAACUGGAGGAGAUUUUGAACAGCUGCUAAUUCUAAGGCUGAGGGUCUGGCACUCUGGCAGCAGCCACCAGGGCCAGCCAGGCAUGUAAAAUAGGCUGUAUUUAUUCUGUCCUUGAAUUUGUCUUGUCAUCACUUUUCUUCAUUUUUAUUCUCUUUGUUUGUCUUUUCCCCAACUGA